AAUAAAAUAUAAUUCUCUACCGGUACCAGCAUUUCGUGACCCAACAUUGACACCCACACCCUUGUCUUCCUGCCCUCGCUGCUUCUCUCUGCAAUUUCUCUUCCUUUCGAUUCAUUUUUAGUUUCCUUUAUUUCUUCUUUGUAUUGCUUAAUUCAUUCACAUCCCAUACUUGUAUUUUAUUUGAAUUUUUUUUUGGUUUUUGAUCUCAAUUUUUUUUUUUUGUUCUUUGCUAAUUUCCUCUCUUCGUUUUCCGAUCUCCAAUCUUUCUCUGAGUUGCAGUUUUUGAGUUGGUGCUCUUCGAUUGAAGGUUGUUAAUGUAAUGAUGAAUCACGGAGCUAAUUCGCAAACUAUAUCUCCUGUAGACCCGAAUUCGCUUGAGGGUCGAUAUGUUGUUGAUACAAGCCAACCACAGUCAUCUUCAUAUCUUCCAUCGACAACUGGGUCUGAAGCUCUUUCAUGGACCAUGCAUAGGGUAGAUAUUCAAUCUACAGAAUCAACCUAUCACCAUGAUCAUCUAAAAGAGCCAACCCCAAGAAAUGUUCAAAAUGGCUUGAAUGCGACAUCUCUUGCUAGUUCAUCAACUUUGGGAACUACAAGUGCCUCACAGGAUUAUAGUAGCUACGCAUCAUACUCAAAUCCUACUGAUCCAUAUGGUUAUGCAAGCACAGGAUAUCCAGGUUACUAUAAUGGCUAUCAACAGCAACCUAACCAUUCAUACUCUCAGCAGCAACCUAACCAUGCAUACUCUCAGCCUCUAGGAGCAUAUCAAAACACAGGUGCUCCUUAUCAGCCUCUUUCCUCAUUUCAGAAUACAGGGUCUUAUGCUGGGACUCCAAGUUAUCCAGCCACUUAUUACAAUCCUGGUGAUUAUCAGACAGCUGGAGCUUACCCAAGUAGUGGAUACAGUAAUCAGACUACUAUGUGGAGUGAUGGCAAUUAUGCUAACUAUACAACUCAUCAGUACUCAAAUUACACUGCAGACACAACAAGUGCUUAUACCUCUGGUACUGCAGUUGCAAAUUCAGUAAAUUACCAACAACAAUACAAGCAAUGGGCAGAUUAUUACAAUCAAACAGAAGUUACCUGUGCUCCUGGGACGGAACACUUGUCUGUUGCUAGUACAUCUAACCAGGUGAAUUCAGUUCCAGGUGUUACUACUGGUUACCCGAAUUCCAGCAGUCAGCCUCCCUCAUCUUUUACCCCAUCUUGGAGGCCAGAAUCCACUUCAUCUGAGUUAUCUUUGCAGGGUGCUGCAGCUGUUAGUGGUGCUCACGAUGGCUACUGGAAACAGGGGACGUCAAGUUUUUUUCAAAAUCAUCAUGCUAGUCCUAUGCAACCUCACUUUCAAAAAUCUUUGGAUUCAAAAACUUCUUAUGAUAAUUUUGAGGAACAACAAAAGACUGUUCGUCAAGGUCCUAAUUCACAAUAUGCUCCUGCUCAUCAGGUGCCCCAGAAUUACCAACCUCCUGCACAAACAGUCCCAUCACUGGAUACACGAAGGAUAAGCAAAUUGCAGAUUCCAACAAAUCCGAGAAUUGCGUCAAAUUUGGCUUUGGGUUUAUCAAAAACCGAUAAGGAUAGUUCUGCAACUGGUGCAGCAGCAGCAGCAAAACCUGCUUAUAUUGCUGUCUCAAUGCCAAAGCAAAGUGAUAAAGUGUUGUCUACUGAUGCGGCUGAUUCCAUACUGAAGCCUGGCAUGUUCCCCAAUUCACUACGCUUUUAUGUUGAAAGGGCUUUGAAACGUUGUCAAGAUCACUGUAAAAAUGAUCCACAAAUGGCAUCUUGUCAGGCUGUUAUGAAGGAGAUUAUUACUAAGGCAACUGCUGAUGGUACACUACACACUCGAGACUGGGAUACUGAGCCUCUUUUUCCAUUACCGAACCCUGAUUGUGCCAACAAGGAGAGCUCACAAUCUUCAACUCCUGUUGCUUCAUUACCGAAGUACAGAAGGAGUCCUAGCAAACGAUCCAAAAGUAGGUGGGAGCCUUUACCUGAGGAGAAGUUGGUUGAAAAACCUGCUUCUGUCAGUAAUGAUAAUGUAAAAUUUGGUGGCUGGGAGAGAAAGCCUUUAAUUGGGAAUUCUGAGAGCAAGGUUGACGCUUUCAGUGACCUAAAGUACUCUUUAUCAGAGCAGAAAACUGUGAGUAAGAGUGCCCAGAGGCCACUCAAGAAGCAGCGUAUGGCUGAUGCCUUUAAUAGUGCUGAAAAUGGUGAUGCAUCAAGUGAUAGCGAUAAGGAACAAAGUUUAACAACUUAUUAUUCUGGUGCAAUAGCGCUUGCAAAUUCACCUGAGGAAAAAAAGAAACGUGAAAAUCGCUCUAAGCGUUUUGAAAAAGCGCAAGGACAUCGAUCAGAAAGUAAUUACUUCAAACCAAAAAAUGCUGGAGCUGGAAACCUGUACAGUAAACGGGCUAGUGCCUUGAUGAUUAGCAAAAAUUUCGAUGAUGGUGGAAGCAGGGCUGUUGAAGAUAUUGACUGGGAUGCACUAACUGUUAAAGGGACCUGCCAAGAAAUUGAGAAACGAUAUUUGCGACUCACUUCUGCACCUGAUCCUUCCACUGUGAGGCCAGAAGAAGUGCUAGAGAAAGCUCUGCUUAUGAUUCAAAAUUCACAGAAGAACUACCUUUAUAAAUGUGAUCAGUUGAAGUCCAUUCGCCAAGAUCUAACUGUACAACGAAUACAAAAUCAGCUAACAGUUAAGGUCUAUGAAACUCAUGCUCGGUUAGCGAUGGAAGUAGGGGACUUGCCAGAGUAUAACCAGUGCCAAUCACAGUUAAAAACUCUCUAUGCUGAAGGAAUUGAAGGAUGCCAUAUGGAGUUUGCUGCUUACAACUUACUUUGUGUUAUCUUGCACUCUAAUAACAACCGAGAUCUUGUAUCAUCAAUGUCAAGAUUAACAGAGGAAGCAAAGAAGAAUAAAGCUGUUAAACAUGCUCUUGCAGUACGUGCAGCUGUCACCUCAGGAAACUAUGUUAUGUUCUUCAGACUUUACAAGACAGCUCCUAACUUGAACUCAUGCCUUAUGGAUCUUUAUGUUGAAAAAAUGCGAUAUAAGGCUGUAAGCUGCAUGUCCCGGUCAUAUCGCCCUACCGUACCUGUUUCGUACAUUGCAGAGGUUUUGGGCUUCUCCAGCACAGGUGAAGGAAAUGACCAGAAGGACUCGGAUGGAUUAGAGGAAUGUGUAGAAUGGUUGAAAGCACAUGGUGCAUGUCUCACUGUAGAUAGUAUCGGAGAGAUGCAGCUUGAUACAAAGGCUUCCUCUUCUAGUCUUUAUAUUCCAGAACCAGAGGAUGCUGUGUCCCAUGGAGAUGCUAGUCUGGCUGUUAAUGAUUUCCUGACAAGGACAUCCUUGUAGUCGAUAUGAUUGUGUAUCUAAUUGUAUUUGAUUGCAUUAGCAAGAAAAUCGUGCAGCCCUCAACAAUGUGAUGUAAAACCAGAAGAUUUAGGUUUAUUUCCUGAUCUUGGAACCGAGAGGUCAAAACUUGUAGAGGGUUACCUGUAACAGUAGCGAGGGUAGAUCACAGGCAUGAAAGGAAACAAAUACAGAAGUAGAGCAAAAGUUCCCUAGAAAUGCAAUGCUUAGUAUUUGCAGAGGGAUUGAGCUAGCUGCUACCACCACAGCAUGUGAUUUAGAUUCUUCCUUUUUGGGUCUUGAACAAUGAUUCAUUCUUUCUGUUGGGGAAUAUGGAACAGAACUUGUUGAAUAUUAGUUUGAGGAAGAAAAUAAGAACAAAUAGCUUUGUUGUCUGUUAUUAAUUACAAUUUAAUGAUUUUCAUUUGUUUA